ACAGAGAGAGAGAGGGAGGGAGAGAGGCCGCGCCAGGAAGAGGAAGAGGAAGGAGGAGUGGAAGCAGACCGCGCUACCGGUACAGAGAGGGCAGGAGGAGCGCAGAAGGUGCACACAAUAAAAAGAGGAACGAGGAACGUGCAGAGUAAAGAAGGAAAAGGGAUGAAGCCGCUGAAAAAGCAAGGGGGCCGCUCCCCUCCGUCCACCCGGGCCAAAGGGGGCAAGAGGCGGGGGGCGGCCGAGGUGCCCGCGGAGGGGGACAGGAGGGAGGCGCAGGCCGCGGCACCGCCCGCCCCGCCCGCCCCGCCCCGCCGGCAGACAUCGCCCGCGCCCGACGCCCCCCGGGAGGAGCCGGCCGACGGGGACAGGGAGCCGGGCCCGGGGGAGAAGGCAGAGGACGGCAGGGAGAGCGCGAAGGCCGGGGGGCCGCACAGCAACAGCAGCAGCAGCGGCGGGGGCACCGCCAGCGCCGGCAACAGCCCCAACCCCCCCUCCAGCCGCAAGACGGCCACCUUCAAGGCCCGCGUGCCCAAGAAGAAGUACACCUACGAGCACUGCGCCGGCCCCGCCCCCACGCACAACAGUAACUAUAACAACAGCGGCGGCGGCAGCAGCAGCAAUAGCACAGGGAGCCAAUCGGCUGCCCCCAGCGCAGCGGCCAGCGAGGACAGCACGGACGCGGACGCCCUCAGCCAGAGCAGCGGCCCGCCAGAGGAGUGCGGCGCGGGGGCGUCCCAGGACAGGGCGGGGGCCGGCGGGGGGCACGAGCCGGAGCGGGGGCCGGAGGGCGAGGGAGACGGGGAGGGCGCCCCCAACUCGGUGCGCUCCUCCUCCACCGACACGGCCAGCGAGCACUCCGCCGACCUGGAGCCGGCCGACCCCCGCGGCCAGCCCAGCCCCCCCCUCGCCGCCCCCCCACGCAGCCCCCGCCCCGGCUCGCACCCCAGCCCUGCGUGCUGGGACGGGGGCCUGCCCGGCGGCCUGGAGGACGCCCUCGCCAAGGGCCUGAAGAACCAGCGGGUGCUGGCGCGACGCCGACGGCGGUCCCGCCCAGGGGAGGGCCCCGAGGGGCCGGACGGGGACGCGCCGGGGGCCCCGCCCUCCCCCGUCUUCUGGGCCGGGGUGGUACGGACGGUGAGCGGCGAGCAGCGCAGCAUCGGGGUGCAGCUGAACGGCGAGAGCGCGCUCCGCCGCUACCCCUUCAGGGGCGGGACGUCCCGCGCCGAGCCGGUGGACCUGAUCCUGGACGCCCCGCCGCCCGGCUCUGCCCCCGUGGCGGUAGGAACGCGCGUGUGCGUGCCGUUCGGCGAGGGCGGGGGCGAGGAGGGGGCGGGGCAGCUGUUCCGGGAGGGCGUGGUGUCACAGGUGGACCCGCACCCCGCCGUCUCCUUCCCCUACCGCGUGAUGCUGUGCGAAGACCGGCAGGUGCUGGGGGACAGGGGCGCGGGGGAGGAGGAGCGCAGCCGGGCCGGCGCCCAGGCCGUCUGGGUGUCCCGCCAGAGCCUGCGCCUGCUCAUCCCGCCCUGGGAGCUGCCGCAGAGCGAGGGGGGCCGGGAGAGGGAGAGGGAGCGGGAGCGGGACCGCGAGCGGGACAGGGAGCGGGAGGAGAUGGAGGUGGAGAGGGAGGUGAUACAGCUCAGCAUCGGCAUGGCACUGGGGGGGGUGGGCGGGGGCAGGCUGGGCUGCGGGUUCCCGCCGGGGGGGAGCGUGGCCGGGCGCCACUUCGGCGGCCCGCCCACUUCCUCGUCCGCCUCCUCCUCCUCCUCCGCGGCGGGCGUGGCCGGGAGCUCAGCGCAGGGAUUGGCUGCGGACAGAGAGAGGGAGGGAGAGCGGGAGAGGGAGAGGCAGAAGCAGCCGCAGACGCCGGACGAGGACAUGGAGGUGAGCCGCUUCAGCAUGGCCCCGCUGCGGGAGGGCGGGGGCAAGCCCGGGGGGGCCCCUCAGCACCGCCACAUCCUCUCCAAACCCCCCGGCUACCCCGGCCCCCACCUGUCCGUGGUGCGGGGCAUCAGCACGCCCCUGGGGGCGCAUCUCCUGUCGGGCCCCCAGCCGCCCCCCUCCCCCGCGCUGCUGGGCCCCGAGGUGGGCAUCGCGCCCCCGCACCUGCCCCCGCUGCCCCCCUCGGCCACCGCCCGCGCCUCCCUGCUGCCGCUGGAGAAGGCGGCCCCGCAGACCCCCACGCCAAAUUCCGGCGGCCCCGGCGGGGGUGGCUCCGGCUCCACGUCCUCCUCCGCCUCCUCGUCCCGCUCCCGCACCCCUCUCACCGCCGCCCAGCAAAAGUACAAGAAGGGCGACGUGGUGUGCACCCCCAACGGCAUCCGCAAGAAGUUCAACGGCAAGCAGUGGCGGCGGCUGUGCUCCCGGGAGGGCUGCAUGAAGGAGUCCCAGCGGAGGGGGUACUGCUCCCGCCACCUGUCCAUGCGCACCAAGGAGAUGGAGGGCGGGGGUGACCGCGAGCGGGGCGGGGGCAGCAGCUCGGGCACCGUCACGCCCUCGGACCUGCGCGGGCUGGGAGGCGGCCGCGCCAGCAGCGAGUUCGACUGGGACGACACGUCGCGGGACAGCAGCGAGGCCAGCAGCCGGGGCGGGGACUCGCGGCCGCGUCUGGUGCUGCCGUCCCUCCUGCCGCAGGACUUCUCCCGCUUCGACUUUGACGAGUGCGAGGCGGCCACCAUGCUGGUGUCGCUGGGCAGCUCCCGCUCCGGCACGCCCUCCUUCUCGCCCGUCUCCAACCAGUCGCCCUUCUCGCCCGCCCCCUCGCCCUCCCCGUCCCCGCUGUUCGGCUUCCGGCCCGCCAACUUCAGCCCCAUCACCGCGUCCCCCGUGCUGCCCCCCCGCCGGCACCGCCACCUCAGCGGGACGGGCGGGGGCGCCACGCCCAAGCUGGCCACGGAGCGGGAGCGGGAGAGACACCCGUCGGGCGUGCUGCCCUCCUUCCACACCAACCUCACCUUCACCGUCCCCAUGAGCCCCAGCAAGCGCAAGCCGGACGCCCCCCCGCCACCCCCGCCCCCGGCGCAGGACUACCCCAAACCCGAGCUGGAGCAGGGCGACGCUGGGCUGGGCCUAAACCCUGCCGCUUUCCGGGUGCUGUCGCCCCAGACGCAGCCGCACGCGCCCGCCUUCUCGCGGCCCCGUGGGGUGGCCACGCCCUCCAGCCGGCCCCCGUCGUCCAGCGCGGCCGCCUCGCCCCCGCCCAUGCUGGUAUCGCCCACGCCGCCCUCGCCCCUCCCCCGCGUGGUGCCUGUAUCCCAGCAGCCCCUGCGUGACUCGCCCGUCAUCGUACGCAACCCCGAGGUGCCUCUCGCCAAGUUCACCGAGCGGCCGCUGGGGCGGGGGCCCGGCGGCGGGGGCGGGGGCGGGGCCGGCGGCGGGGGCGGGGCCAGGGGCGCGUCCCGCUCCAAGGAGCACGGGCAGGCGCCCCAGCCGGCCGCGGGGCUGCAGGUGCCCGUGCCCAUCAACGCCGCCGCCGCCACCAACGGCGCCGUCCUGCUCCGCAGCCCCACCUCCGCCCUGGUGCUGGUGUCGUCCGCCUCCUCCCUGCCCCCGGCGCCCCCCGGCCUGCCUGCCCAGGCCAGCCCUGCCCCCGCCACCGGCCCCGCCCUCACCGGCUCAGGCUCCGGGGGGCGGGACAGGGGCGGACACGGGAGCGCCUUCGCGGGACCCCUGCAGCAGCCGGUGCCCUGCCACCCCUCCCCCACCGCCCUGCUGCCCCUCAUCCUGCCGGCCGAGUCCCUGCACCCCGCCCCCCGCAAGGACAUCAUCAUGGGCCGUCCCGGGACAGUAUGGACCAAUGUGGAGCCGCGGUCAGUGCCAGUGUUUCCUUGGCAUUCAUUGGUCCCGUUCCUGGCACCCACCCAAUCAGAUCCAUCAGCUCAGCCUGCUGAGGGCCAGCAGCCUGUCAACCACCCCCAAACAGCCAAUCAGAACAAAGACUCACAGUACAGCUCGGUGCUGGUGAACGAUGGCAACACGGCCGCCCCAGCUGUGGAGAGGGGCCCCCCGCCCCGCCCCACUCCCCCCGCCGACGACUCCCUCCCAGAGAGAGAGAAGGAGAGGGACAGGGACCGGGAUCGGGAGAGGGACAGGGAGAGGGAGAGGGAAACGGAGAGAGAGAGAGGAGACAGUGAAACUGAGAGCGACGUGGAUGACCCGUUUUUUCCUGGUGUGCUCCCUGACCCUCCACUGUCGGUGUCCCCUGGGAAGAGACGCACCCAGUCACUCAGCGCCCUGCCUAAAGACAGUGAUAAGAACAGCCCUGGCAAGAGGGAGAAGGACCAUAUCCGGCGGCCCAUGAAUGCCUUCAUGAUCUUCAGCAAGCGCCACCGGGCGCUGGUGCACCAAAGACACCCCAACCAGGACAACCGCACCGUCAGCAAGAUCCUGGGCGAGUGGUGGUACGCCCUGGGCCCCAAAGAGAAGCAGAAGUACCACGACCUCGCCUUCCAGGUGAAGGAAGCCCACUUCAAGGCACACCCGGACUGGAAGUGGUGCAACAAAGACAGGAAGAAGUCCAGCUCUGAGGGCCGUGGGGUCCCAGGAGUCAAAGACAUACGAGAGAGGAGCAUGUCCGAGACCACUGAACCUCAGUCGGUGUCCCUAGGGGUGGAGCUGAAAGGGGUGGGGCCUGGUUUGGCGGGGGUGGCCGAGCGGGGCAUGGGGGAGGGGCACUCGGGGCAGCUGACCCGCCCACGAGCCUUCUCUCAGAGCGCUGUACACACUUUGGAGAGGAGCGAGAGGGGGAACACACAAGCCCUGGCGGAACUGGCGCAGAUGUGCGGGGACGGAGGGGGGCAGUUUUCGGGGCGGCCCCCCGCCCUCUCUCGGUCCCAGCGCGGGGUGAGCGAGGACAUGACCAGCGACGAGGAGCGCAUGGUGAUCUGUGAGGAGGAGGGGGACGACGAUGUCAUCGAGGACUCGUACCCAGGCAGCUCCAUUGAUCUGAAGUGCAAAGAGAGAGUGACAGACAGCGACAGUGAAAACGGCUCCGGGGACGAGUCUGACCACAAGCGCGUCUUUGCUCCUGUGAUCUGCUCGUCGGCGUCCUCCACCUCCGUCUCUCACCCCUCCUCUUUAGGGAGGAGCGCCUCUCUCUCCUCCUACCCCACCAAGCGGUACGGGGAGGGGGGAGGUGGAGGCGGAGGGGGCGGGAGCGGAGGCGGGAGCUCCGAGCGCAAGAGGAAGAGGGGGAUGGAUGGGGCUGGGGCCGGCGGGAGCGGGGGACCAAAGGAGCCAGUCAGAGGCGGGGAGGGCGGGGUGCCCCCCUCCCUCUCGCUGUCCUCUGCCGGCCAGUCCGUCAUCUCCAGCUCGGCAGCCGGCGCCCCCCUGCCCUCCCCCGCGGCCCCCAUGGGCCUGUCCCCCCUGCUGGGGCUGGGGGCGGUGCGGGUGGCCUCCACCGUGGUGACCAACGUGGUGCGGCCAGUGGUGAGCACACCCGUGCCCAUCGCCAGCAAGCCCAGGGAGGGCAGGACCGCUCCCAGCCCGCUGCCCCCUGACAGGAAGCCCGCCCUGCCCCCGCCGCCACCGCAGCAGGCCCAGCUGCUGAUUGGAGCAGGAGGAGGAGGAGGAGGCGGGGCAGCCGGAGGGGGUGGGUACUACUCCUCGUCCUCACCCAACCCCGUAGGCGCAGGAGCGGCGGGGGGCGGGCAAGGGGGCCUGGUGACCAAUCUGGUGCUGGGAGGCACGUUCCCCGCCCAGCCCACUGUGCAGCUCAUCACCCCGCCCCAGGCCCCCCCCCACUCGCUGCCUGCCCCGGCCCACGGCCAGAGCAACGGCCCCCUGCCCCUCUCCCUGCUUCAGCCCCAGUUUGUCCCCGCUCCCUCGCUGGCGCCCCCCAGUGGCGGCAAGGCCAUCACGCAAGUGCAGUACAUCCUGCCCACCCUGUCCGCCAGCACCAACCCCAAGAGCCCCUCCCCUCAGCAGCCAAACCAGCAAACCAGUAUCUUCACCCUGCCCACAGCUCCGCCCACCCAUGUCUCGCUGGCCAAUGGAAAGCAGUCAGGGGCCGGGCAAGUGACAGGAUAUGCCUCGAGUCCAGCAGUGGGAGUGGUCAGCCCUGGAGCCAGAGUUCAAACACAGUCUCCAGUCUUGCAGGGCAAGAUGCUGGUCCCCAUGGCGACGGUGAGAACAGCACCUGCUCCGUCUCAGCCGUUUCCGCUGGUGGCCCCUCCACUGCCUGUCCAAAAUGGUGCUCAGCCGGGAAGCAAGAUAAUCCAGAUCGCUCCCAUGCCGGUCGUCCAAUCACAGCUCCCCUCCGGGGGGGCAGUGCAUCCCGGGAGCCCCUUUCCCGUUUCUAUGGGGACGGUGAUGGCUCCGGGCUCCACCCCCUCACAGACUGUGCUGCUGCCGCCCCCGCCCACGAGGAUCACCUAUGUUCAGUCCACGCCGGGAGGCCCCGCCCCUUUGCCUCUGGUGUCCACGACGACCGGCUCCUCCCCCCAGCAGACCCCUCCCCCUCCAGGAUCUACUUAUGUGCCAUCGCCGCUGGCAACCCUGGGCUUCACUGCUAUCGCUCCCCCUGGCCAGACCUUGGUGCAACCGCUAAUUGCAGGUCAGCCCCCCUUGCUGGCGCCGGCUCAGUCUCCUAACUGCCCCCCACUGCCUUCUUUAUCCGCUCCUGCCUCCGGAGGCGGGGGGCAAAUAGUUACUGCCAUCUACCCUCCCCCCAGCGUCACCCUGGCGACGGGAGUGGUGUCCGUGACGACGGUGCCUCCCAGCGUGGUGUACACGGUGUCGAGCCCCUCCACCCUCUCCCCGCACAUCCUGCCCAAGCACAGUCACGCCGCGCAGACGCAGCCGGAGAGGCCCCCCCACCCCCAGGCGCACUCGGACAGACAUUUACCCGCAGAGAGGCCCCCCCACCCCCAGGCAGAGCGGCAGGCGGAGAUGCAGACCUACUCGCAGGUGGACAGGCCUGCGCACGCACAGAUGCACUCGCAGACAGACAAACAGACAGAGAGACAGCCCCACUCUCAGUCCCAGACCUGCAGCAAGCCCAGCAGUAGCUCAGUGGCGACCUCAAGUGGUUCAGCUGCAUCACUGCGGGCCAGCAGUCCUCCCUUGCCCGCACAUACAGCUGGCAGUGCACCGGGCACCCCCAAGUUGCCCCCUGUACUGACGAGGACCCCUCAGAAAGUGAAGGCUACCGUUGCCAAUAUCCCCGUGGGCAGCUAUGAAGGAGGGGCACGAGGGAGGGAGAGGGACAGGGACAGAGACAGAGAGAAGGAGAGAGACAGGGAGAGGGAGAGGGAAAGAGAACGUGAGAGAGAAAAGGAAAGCGGCAGCAGCAGCCGUUUCUCGUUCGAGCCCGAAAGGAGCGGGGACACCAGCUCGCCCCUGCCCCACUCCGCUGAGGAGGGCCCGUCGGACGGACCCCCCGAGGGCCAAAGUGCCGGGGACAGUGCUGUCGGGCGCAGCAAGGAUGGAGGCGCCAAGGAGACUGGAUGGAGGGACUCCCUCCCCUCCUCGCCCCUGCCGCCCCCGUCGGGGCCCGAUCCGGCGCUGCCGCCCCCACAGAGCGACAAAGACGCUCCUCCAGCCAAGAAGGUGAAGGCCCGCCCCCCGCCACUCAAGAAGACCUUCGACUCCGUGGACAAGGUCCUCUCGGAGGUGUACUUCGAGGAGCGCUUCGCCGAGCUGCCGGAGUUCCGCCCGGAGGAGGUGCUCCCCUCCCCCACCCUGCAGAGCCUGGCCACCUCCCCACGCGCCAUACUGGGCAGCUACCGCAGGAAGAGGAAGAACUCCACCGACCUGGACUCGUCCACAGAGGACCCUGUGUCCCCCAAGAGGAAGAGCCGGCGCCGCUCCAGCUGCAGCUCGGAGCCCAACACGCCCAAGAGUGCUGCCAAGUGCGAGGGGGACAUCUUCACCUUCGACAGAGCAGGUACGGACGGAGAGGACAUCUUAGGCGAGCUGGAGUUCGACAAGGUGCCGUACUCCUCCCUGCGUCGAACCCUGGACCAGCGGCGCGCCCUCGUCAUGCAGCUCUUCCAGGAGCACGGCUUCUUCCCCUCCGCCCAGGCCACGGCUGCUUUCCAGGCGCGCUACUCGGACAUCUUCCCCACCAAGGUGUGCCUGCAGCUGAAGAUCCGGGAGGUGCGGCAGAAGAUCAUGCAGACUGCCGCGCCCACCGAGGCCGGGGGUGCGAUGCUGGGCGGAGCCGGGGGGCCGGACUCCGUCCCCCUCCCGGGGCCGUCCGGGGCCCAGCCCGGCGAAGGGCCCGGGGGGGCGGAGCUGGGGGCGGAGAAGGAGGCGGAGCGCGACAGAGAGCACAACCCCGGCGAGCACCACAGCACCAGCGAGUCGCAGGACUCCACCAGAUGAGCACCACAGAGGCGGGACGGAUUGGCGGAUAUCUCAACCAGGUCCCACCUCCCCCCUUCUGUAUAAGCCACGCCCAUCCUGUCUCCGCCUGGCCCCGCCUCUCUCUUUCUCUGGAGAGUGGGCUCAGUGCGAGAGAGAGGAUUUUCAGAGGCUUCAGAAGGGAAACCGUAGAAUGAAAAGGGAUGGGGUUUUUUUUUUUGGUUUUUUUUUGAAAAUGCACACCCACUCCCUGUCAUACAAAAAAGACUGCAACACGGUGGCACAAACUUCCAUACUAAUCCAUGCACGUCACGCAUACUGUCAUUCACUGCUGACUGACCCAUUGACCCGCACAGGACUUGCAUUAACACACCAUUAAUACUGUUGGUAAUAAUUUAAAGGCUUCCAUUAACACAGACAAGCUGUUGGACUGUGUUUCCCGUCGGUUCUGUACGACCUUGCAGUGAGGACUUUGCUGAGACUUGGUCUUACGUUACCCAUGGCUGGGCUGGACGGGCCAGCACGGGCUCACUCCUCACUCCGUUACGCUUUUUUUUAAUUGAUUGACAGCACGGUGGGAGAGUGGUGAUUGGCUGCCGAACGGGGCUCGGGUGAGUCCAGAAGGCCGCGCUGGCCGGAGACCGAACGUUGUUGGAGAGAAGCUUGUUUCCCUGAAAGUGCACAAACGGGACAUUUUUUCGUUCUUUUUUUGCCCUAAAGCCUUUGUUUUCAGAAGCAGAGCUUGAGGACGGUCGGCUUGCGGUCUGAAGAGCUCCUGUGAUCGACUGAAACUGAACCGUACGUUGAACCACACCGGGAUCCCCGCUGGCGUGCAGAACUGGGACACAAUCUGGGUCACUUUAGAUGGCUCCGUGGCCGGAAGCGCCGCCUUCCUGUGAUUGGCUGCGACAGAAGCGGGCGGGGUCUCGACCGCAGUGUUCCUCCGCUCUGAUUCGCUAGCCAUGAAGGAAGGAGGAGGAGGAGGGUGGGAAGUCUGCGGGCGCAUGUUGGGUGAAGGUUUGGCAGAAUUUUAAUGUAAGCGUCAGUGUUAGGCACAAACUCGCUUUUCCUCAGAUGUCGUUAAACUCAAAGUGAGAUGAGAGAGGGAACAGAGGGAGUAGUACCUUCCUCUGAAGCCAACCGGAGAGUUUUAAAUAACUUUUUUCAAAAAAAAAAAAAAGUCAAACUUGAUUUUAAUCGACUCACGUGAUUCUCCAGUUCAUUAUAUUAUUAUAUUAUUAUUCUUGUUACAAUUACUGUUCCUCUUCUUCUUGUUAUUGUGGACCUGAUCCUUAUUUCCUGCAGAUAUAUCCUUUGCAGCUGUUGGUUUCUCUUUCUCACCUUUUAUUUUUAUUAUUUUUUUGGGGGGGAGGGGGUAUGCAUGAGAGACAACCACUCCCCUCCUUCACUCCCUCGCUCUUUCAGUCUUCCCUGCUCACUUCCAUCUUUCUCCCGCUCGGUCCCCGUCGCGUGGGGUUCCGAAGGGAGAAACUCAUUCGUUUUUAAAAUUUUUUAUAGAAGGAUUAAAAGUCACUUUUUAGAGAUGCCCCUUUUCCCCCUGUCCCUCCUUUGAAGCUUGAUCUUAUCUUACUAUUGUCAUCCCUCCAUCUCUCUCUCCUCUCUGCUUCCUCCUCUUGUCACUUUAUUUUCUCUCUCUUGCCCUCGUCAGCAGGGGGCGCUGAGAGAGGUGGGAGGUACAGAGAGUGUGGGCUGGGUAUUGGCUGUGUCUAUUGUGCAAGACUGGGUUGUGUUGUACAUAUUUACUGUAGAGUCGGAAGGCUCACUAUGACAAUAAUAAUGAUUUAAAAGAAACAAAGCAUAAUUGAAUAUCCAAGACAU